UACCACUGAAUCAUGUCUCUUCCCAGCUGCACCUUCAAUUUAUGAUCACGACUGAAACAGAGGUAUUCUUGAGAUUCUCAAGAAGAGUUUCUAGAGAAAGCCUAGCCUCUGUCUUUCACCAAUUGGCUGGGAGUAAAAGGUUAGGGGUUAAUUGGAAUUACCAAAGGAUUCUUUAAAUUGUGAGCCCCUGUGGCUCUCACUCUAUACAAGUAGUUAGUGGGAAGUGAAUGGUGGCAUUGGGGGUAGGUGAGUGAUCAUGAUGAUGAUACUCUAAGUGCAUAUUGUUGGGUGGGGUUGAUUGAACUUGAUUCAAGUUGGUUUUUUCUUGGUAGCUCUUCUUUACUCUCUUCAGCACUUUGAGCUAGCUAGCUAACACUGCACUGCUCUUAAUUUUGGGGGAAGGAAAAACAAGUGAAAAUUAACAAUGAGCUACUUGGGUGUGGGUGUUAGUCCUGGGAAUGUCGCAGUGUCUCACAGCAGUAGCACCACAAAUCUAAAAGUGAUCGAUCGGAGAGUGAAGGUGGCAGAGUUGGUCUUGAGGUUUCUCAUCUGUGGUCUCGGACUCGCCGCUGCUCUUCUUGUGGCAACUGACACUCAAGUCAAAGAGAUCUUCAUGGUCAAGAAGAAGGCCAAGUUCACAGACAUGAAGGCUCUAGUGUUUUUGGUGAUAGUCAAUGGAAUAGCUGCUGCCUACUCUUUGCUGCAAGCACUGCGCUGUGUUGUGAGCAUGAUUAAAGGAAUUGUUCUCUUCAGCAAGCCCUUAGCUUGGAUGAUUUUCUCGGCUGAUCAGGUGGUGGCUUAUGUGGCUGUGGCCGAAGUAGGAGCUGCAGCACAGUCUGCGGCGUUGGCCAAGUUGGGGCAGUCGGAGCUACAAUGGAUGAAGAUCUGCAACAUGUAUGACAAGUUCUGCACCCAAGUUGGGGAGGGAAUUGCGAUCUCGGUCUUGGUUGGUCUCAGCACAAUCCUCAUCUCUUGCAUUUCUGCUUUCAAUCUCUUCCGAUUGUAUGGUGGCGGCAAGAACCAGAGCAGCUCAAGGUGGUAGUAGAUCGGAGACAUCAUUACUUAAUCUGCUAUACAUAGGAACCACCAACCACUCAUGUAACUAAAAUCUUUACUUCUCUACCUACUUCAUCUUUUACUCGAUCACCCUUCAAAUCCAUGUGUGUGAUGAGAAUGGUGAUCUGGUAAGUUUAGGCUUUUGGUUACCUUUAAAUUUCAUAAUAAUGAGUUUGUUA